AUGGACUUCACUAAACCAGAAACUGUUCUUGAUCUCGGCAACAUUCGCCAGGCACUCAUCCGUAUGGAGGACACAAUUGUCUUUUUCUUGAUUGAAAGGUCGCAAUUCUACUCUUCUCCUUCCGUAUACAUCAAAAACAAAUUUCCCAUCCCCAAUUUCGAUGGUUCAUUUUUAGAUUGGUCUUUGCAACAGAUGGAGAGAACCCACUCGCAGAUCCGUAGAUACGAGGCACCAGACGAGAUUCCUUUUUUCCCCGAGGUUCUUUUGGAAUCGUUUUUACCUCCCAUAAAUUACCCAAACAUACUUGCAUCUUAUCAUAAAGAGGUCAACCACAACCAGACGGUUUUGAACUUUUACGUGGAAAACAUUGUGCCCCAGGUGGCGUGUGAGAUCGGAGAGCAGGAAGAAAACAUCGGAUCGGUUUCUGUAUGCGAUAUUGACUGCCUUCAAUCACUUUCUCGUCGGAUCCAUUUUGGAAAAUUUGUCGCUGAAGCCAAGUACCAAUCGGACAAACCCAAGUAUAUCAAGUUGAUUUUGGCAAAAGAUGUCAAGGGGAUUGAAGACUCAAUCACCAACUCUGCCGUAGAAGAAAAGAUUUUGGAACGUCUUCAGAAAAAAGGUCAAAGUUACGGCACUGAUCCAACAUUGAUGUACUCUCAAAACCCUCAAUCCAAAGUGAGACCUGAAGUCAUAGCUCAAUUAUACAAAGACCACGUUAUUCCACUCACCAAGAAAGUGGAAGUGGACUACUUGCUUCGAAGGCUCGAAGAUGAAGAUGAAGCGGUGGUUGCAAAAUACAAGUAG